GCCCUUAAAUUCUUUUUAGAAUGUAUUUUGACAUGUUAUACAUACAUUGGAGUAUAACUGAUAGAAGUUAUUUUUAAACAAGAUUGGUAAAGUAGACGUGGCCAGAACUGAACAGGUGGUUGUUGAGUACCUUAUAAGGGCCAGGACUUUGAAGUUAUGGAAGGAAAUUAAAUAGGGCCUGGCUCCUUACCUACCCAAGCCUAACGGGGAGGCAAGGUGUGAAUUCACGAAGAUUCCACUAACUAUGCUGACAUGCCUUCACUAACCAUCUGAAUCACCUUGCUUAAAACACAGAUACUCAGGCCUCACAGCCUCCCUUCUUGUGUGUGGAAUGGGGAAUUUAUGGCAAAUGCCCCAGUGUUCUGAUGAGAGCAGGGUGGUUUGAGCUUCAUUUUGAAGACUGGGUAUGAUUUGGAUGUGUGGAGGGGUGGGAGAGUCAUAGUCCCAGUUGACUGGGUGACUAUUAAACAAUGUCUGGUUAACUCAAGGAGUCUAUUUGGUUGGGGUUUUAGUAAUGGCAUGUGCAUGGUUUUGGUAUUGUGGUAGGGAAGCUGUUUUGAAGCUAAGUGGAAUGGUCACAUUGGAACACUGGAUUUGUAUACGAAUGUUGAGAAGGAAUGGUUUUUGCAAUUUACUCCCUUUUCUUUCCUCUUUCUCCCAUUCCUCUCCUCACCUAUACAUAACAUCUCAUUUCAUCCUUAUAGCAGCACUAUGAAGUGGGUAUUAUUAUUGUUAGUAUUUGGAUGAAGAGACUUGAGGCCCUGACCAUGGUUGCAUAACUUGCAAUUCUAUUCUGAGUCUUGUAACCAUCCUAUUCACCACUGAGGAUUCUUGAAUGUGGGAAAGAAACUGAGCUCGGGCUACAGGUGAUAGCAGCAUGGCUGUACCCCAGGCUUUCCCACUGGGACCCCUCCAUGAGCCUGUGGGCGCACUCAUGGAGCCCCAGCUCUGCCCUCAAAGCUUGGCGGAGGGCUUCCUGGAGGAGGAGCUUCGGCUCAAUGCUGAGCUGAGGCAACUGCAGUUUUCAGAGCCUGUGGGCAUCGUCUACAAUCCAGUGGAUUACGCAUGGGAGCCACAUCGCAGCUACGUGACUCGUUACUGCCAGAGCCCCAAGGAAGUGCUCUUUUUGGGCAUGAACCCGGGACCUUUUGGCAUGGCCCAGACUGGGGUGCCCUUUGGGGAAGUGAGCAUGGUCCGAGACUGGUUGGGCAUUGGGGGGUCUGUGUCGACUCCUCCCCAGGAGCACCCUAAGCGACCAGUGCUGGGCCUGGAGUGCCCACAGUCAGAGGUGAGCGGUGCCCGCUUCUGGGGCUUUUUCCGGAACCUCUGUGGACAGCCUGAAGUCUUCUUCCGUCACUGCUUUGUCCACAAUCUGUGUCCUCUGCUCUUUCUGGCUCCCAGUGGGCGCAACCUCACCCCUGCCGAGCUGCCCGCCAAGCAGAGAGAACAGCUUCUUGGGAUCUGCGAUGCAGCCCUCUGCCGGCAGGUGCAGCUGCUGGGGGUGCGGCUGGUGGUAGGAGUGGGGCGACUGGCAGAGCAGCGGGCACGACGGGCCCUGGCAGGUCUGAUGCCAGAGGUCCAGGUGGAGGGGCUCCUGCAUCCUUCUCCCCGAAGCCCACAGGCCAACAAGGGCUGGGAGGUGGUGGCCAAGGAAAGGCUCAAUGAGUUGGGAGUGCUGCCUCUGCUAACAAAAUGAGUGCCCCCAGGGCCUAGCACGGCACACGUCCGAAGCUCCCAAGUCAUUCUUGCACAGGCAGAUAUGAUAUGCCUCCUGGACUGGAGCAACAAGGCCUUUCUGGGCUCUCUGUUGCCAGGAAGCAUGUUCUUUGAUCUGUUGAACUGUCCUCUGAGCUGCAGAGGCAGUCUUUAAUUACCAGGGUGAGUAGUUGACACAGCUCCUGCUCACCCUCCUGCUUCCUGCAUCCUUGGCUUUCCUUUGAGCAUUGCCCCUUUUGUCUUACAGUGUUUGACUCCACAGCAGAAGGUGGGCUUCUUGCAUACUGCUCUACCUCAUUAUUUCCUUGGGAGUCCGUAUGCAGCUGAGAGUGUCCUAGACAGGAACUUCAAAAGGUCAUAUUUGCUAUUUCAGAGAAAAGACUUUUUAAACAGAUCUUUAAUUUUUUACUUUUUGUUGACAUGCAUUAGUUGUACAUAUUAACAGGAUUCAGCAUGAGCUGACAUCCCUUUAUCCUACCCCACCUGUUUCCCAAAUAGAGGAAGAAUCUUGCCGGGAUCCCUACUCAUCCUUAUAGAAUAGUUUCUGCCAGCUGAUCCCUUUCCUAAUAGGGACAAGGACAAAAUAUGAAAAUGAUGUUCAGAGUGAACUUCUAACUGGGGCCCAGUGGUACACACCUAUCAUUUAAGCGACUUGGGAGGCUAAGGCAGGAGGAUCACAAGUUCAAGACCAGCCUUGACAACUUAGCAAGACCCUGUCUCAAAAAAUAAAAGGGCUGGGAAUGCAGCUCAGUAAUAAAGUGCCAUGGGUUCAAUACCUAGUAACACACACACACACACACACACACACACACACACACACAAACAAAUGAACUUUUUAUGGGAACUUGAGGCUAAGUCACAGGGAAAAUUCAGUGUGGCAGUGUAGAAAAGUCAGAAAACCUGGAUUUUAUUCUAGCUUUGAGACUCAAACUUUAUUAUUUUAAUGUUGUUUUUGUAUUUUUAAAAUUCCCUUUGCGGGACUUGUGAACUCUGAUGGAAAAAUUGAUUAACCUCUCUAAGCCUCAGGAUCCUCAUCUGUAAGUGGAGAUACCUCCCUUAUGGGGUUGGUUUGAGGAUUAACUGAGAAAACACUUGAAAGUGCCUUCUGAUGGCUUGGCACUUGGGUUCUCACUACAUACCUUUUUUUCUUGCUUUCUUGGGUCUGGGUUGGGGAGUCAUUGCACUAUAAGGGAAACCCCUUUCCACUCGGAAGACCUUGCUGGGGUUGAGGGAGUCUUGCCAACCAGAGAUGGAUCAAUGACUUGAUGAAAAACUCAACCUGUGAUUUUUCAAUUGAAGCAUUAAAAGCUCCUAAACCCU